UAUUAGUGAGGGACAACACUUUAUUUUUCUGUGUACCCGGUCAUAAAGUAUCGAAAGAAACUCGUCGUUCAAAUUUUUGAAUCGAAACUUCGGUAAUAAAUAAAAUCGGAAAUAUGUUUCGCCUUUUUAUGGUAGUAACGGUGCUCUUUAUGAUGAUCGACGCACAAUUACACAGGAUUUUAUUACACAACAAGAGGAAUUCCAUUCUACAAUCUUUGAAAAAAGUUGGCACUAACUUGCGAGAAGUUCGUUCGUUAAAUGAUCAUCGUCCUUCAUUACAUUUGUACAAUUUUUUAAGCAUAUAUUACAGUGGCAUUAUUACUAUUGGAACUCCGCCGCAAGAAUUUACAGUAAUAUUUGAUAUUCGGGCCCCAUAUCUUUGGAUCCCGUCUAAAAAGUGCAACUCGGCUGCUUGUUUAAACCAUAAUCAAUAUAAUAGUGCCGAAUCCAGCACACAUAUAGCAAAUGGUACUUCGAUUCAUAUAAAAAACUUUAAUGCCGGUAUGGAAGGAUUUCUAUCUACUGACAUAGUGAAAAUUGCCAACCUCAGUGUUCAGAAUCAAAUGUUUGCAGAAGCGACUAACGUAUCAGUGUAUCCAAUUGAUCUUCACAUAUAUGAUGGUAUUUUGGGCUUGGGUUAUUCCAACACAUCUGUCAAUGGAAGAAUAUUUAUCUUCAACAACAUAAUUGAACAAGGUCUAGUGUCAUCACCUGUUUUCAGUUUUUAUCUAAAUAGAGAUUUUUCAGACGCAUUAAAUGGUGGUGAAUUAAUAUUGGGUGGUUCCGAUCCUACUCAUUACGAGGGCGAUUUCACAUAUAUUCCUGUUAGUCGCAAAGGAUACUGGCAAUUUACAUUGGAUAAGAUCAUAGCAAGUUAUAUUAAUCUGUGCGAUGAAAACUGUCAAGCUGUCGCUGAUGUAAGUGCUGAUGCAAUAGUUGGACCAAAACAACAUAUCGUAUUUAUUAAUGACCUUAUUGGAACUGUUAAUAUUAAUGGAGAGGAAAGAGUGAACUGCCAUCGAAUUGAUCUAUUGCCUACAAUUAGUUUUAUUUUGGGUGGUAAGGCAUUCAAUCUUACCGGUGAAGAUUACAUCAUUCAGUUGCCAGAUAAUGGUAAUACUAUUUGUAUAAGCCGCUUUGUGGGAUUGGACUCGCGUGAAGUCGAGUGGAUUCUAGGCGUUCCAUUUAUUGGCCGUUACUACACCGAGUUUGAUAUGGAGAAUGAUCGAAUAGGAUUUGCUUUGGCGAAAUAAAUAUUAGUUACUUUCUUUAGCACUUUUUUAAAAUAUACAUCUUAUAUAAUAAAAAUGUACAUAAUGUGCAAUUAUGUAUAUUUGGUGGCAUAUUUUAUGGGUUUUAUACAGU